CCUAUAUCUUACAAUUUUAAGUCAAACUGUAACUUAUAACGUAAGUACGACACUCUGGAUUUCAAUCCUGUCGGUGACGUCUAAUCGCUCGUUGUCAGUGUUGGAGGUUCCUCUCUCCCUUAUGUUGUCCUCGUACUUUAUAAUCUUUAUAUCUCUUUCGCACCCCCGCGUGUUUUACGUUUUGUCUCUCUGAUUAAUAAUGAAUUAACGAGUUGUACAUAAUCACGUCUUGUUCGAGUUACGUCAAAGCGAUGUGUCACACGUCCUUCUAUCUCAAGGCUCGUUAUUUUAUCCGAUCCCCCAUAUUAAUUUAUAUUGACUUUUGCGCCAUAAUUCAUCGACUCGCAAGCAAACAAUAAUUGCAAUACCCCCGCCCGCAGAUCCCAUGAAUAAACAAUUCUUACAUCCCGACGACAUCUUUUACGAUGUAAAUUAUAAAAAAGAAAGACGUAUGAAAAAUUUUAAUGUAACCUUUUAAAAUAGAGGAAGGAAAGCCGAAAUCUAAUAACGAUUGCGGCAUCCUCCCCUUUUCUUCGAGUGUCUUUCAGGACACAAACAUCUCCAUGAAUUCCUACAGAUUGAUCUCCAGUUCGGUUUGAAAAGUCAAACGAAUUUAUGUUAAAUCCGUUUAAAAACAAUUUUGAGCCUGCGAUGCUCAAUAUUGUCGUCUCCUGAAGCGUAUUAUCUCGAUGCGCUAUUAUUAUCUCCGACAGCUCUUUUAGUCAUUUACGAAUCCAUAAUCCUUACGACUGAAUAACUCAACCAAGACAGUCAUCUCAAGUAGAGCCCAGAAAUCAUAAUAAUAAUCAUAAAUACACCAUCAUGAUCUUAUUUGUCUCUUACAAGUUCAUUUUUAAGUAUCAAAUAACGUCAUGAUGUCGUCCUGAUGAUAUCAUUAUGACUUCAUUAUGACUCUGUGUUCUACCUAUGAUGGAAUAUCCUCGCUACUCUCAUUAAUGCCUUCUCCCAUGAUUCGCUGCGGUGCGCACUUUGAUUUCUUCUUUCUAUAAUUCUAUAUGCUUGCACAUUAUCGCCUUACUAUUUGCCUCUUUCUUUUUCUUUCCUCUUCUCUUUUAUUUUCUUUCUUUCACAAGUCGCCUCUGCUCCCUUCCCCCCCCCCCUCUGUCCCGCUCUAUUUUUCUCUGACUUCUGUUUAUCCGUGCAUAUAUCUGUCUGUCUGUUCCGCCCAUGUGUUGUCUGUGUGUGUAUACGUGCGACGAGCGGCAUUGAAUAAUAUGCACUACGGGAGAGAAUGGAUGGAGUUGUAAUAAAGUAGUGAAGAUAUGGACGUGAGAAUCGCGUAUGGAGUUCUGGGGGAUCUCGCGAGAUCUUCCAGAGAGCGGGCUCAACCGUCGUGAUUUAAAGAGAGUUACUUUUGUUUUCACUCCGGCCUCCUUCAGGGAAUCUGGCGAGAAUCCUGAGUUUAUGAAGAGGCAAGAACAGAAAAGAAGCGACCUCGACGAACAGCUCAAAGAAUACAUAGCGGAAUGGCGAAAGCAGAGAGCCAAGGAGGAAGAGGAGUUGAAGAAAUUAAAGGAGAAGCAAGCCAAGCGCAAGGUCACCCGUGCGGACGAGGAGAAGAGAUUGGCUCAAAAGAAGAAGGAGGAGGAGGAACGCCGUCAACGUGAAAUCGAGGAGAAAAAACAACGUGACAUCGAAGAGAAGAGGAGGCGCUUGGAAGAAUCGGAAAAGAAGCGACAGGCUAUGAUGCAAGCGAUGAAAGACCAAAGCAAAGCAAAGGGUCCAAACUUUACCAUCACCAAGAAAGAUCUUUCGGGUAAUCUUACAUCGGCGCAACUUGAACGUAAUAAGACGAAAGAACAGCUUGAGGAGGAGAAGAAAAUUUCCCUUAGCAUUCGCAUCAAGCCGUUGGAAAUCGAAGGUCUGUCGAUUGACAAGCUCCGUGUUAAGGCUACCGAAUUGUGGGAGGCCAUAGUUAAACUUGAAACCGAAAAGUACGAUUUGGAGGAGCGACAAAAGCGUCAGGAUUACGAUCUUAAAGAAUUGAAGGAACGUCAGAAGCAACAACUGAGGCACAAAGCUUUGAAAAAGGGUCUCGAUCCCGAAGCUUUAACUGGCAAAUAUCCCCCAAAAAUCCAAGUCGCCUCGAAGUACGAACGUCGCGUCGAUACCAGGUCUUACGACGACAAGAAGAAACUUUUUGAGGGUGGCUAUGACACGCUCUUAGCGGAGACCAACGAGAAAACGUGGAAACAGAGAACAGAACAAUUUAUGAAGCGCACCAAAACGAAGUUACCUAAGUGGUUCGGUGAGAGACCAGGCAAGAAGACUGGUGAUCCCGAAUCACCGGAGGGCGAGGAAGACGUGAAGGCCAUCGUCGACGAUGAUCUCGAGCCGCAAUUCGAUGAAGAAGAGGAGGAGGAGGUGAAGGAAGAAGAGGAAGAGGAGGAGGAGGUUGAAGAGGAGGAAGAAGAGGAGGAGGAAGAGGAGGAAGAAGAGGAGGAGGAGGAAGAGGAGGAAUAAAUCUUCUGGCUGCUUCGGUGCACCUUUACGGAUGUUAAGGAACAGCGUAUCUCAAAAAUUUCAAGAAAUGAUCGUUGCACAGUCUCGUUAACACUUUUCGAA